GGACCAACCGCGUCAAGCAUAGCUUAACCUGUGAUCGUUUCACUUAUGCGGUUAUAGCUUAGCCACGGUUAGUUUCUUAUUACCUUUCACAAAACUGGUCUUGAAAGAAUGACCAGAAUCUUUUAGGGAACGUUAUGUAAAAUUAUGCAUAUCUAGAAAUAUCGACGGCUAAAGUUGCCCUUGAACACAAUCAAAACAGAUUUAAUCAUUUCGAAAAAUAAUUGACAAAACCAACUAACAAGAUAAAAAAGUUGUAAAAUUAUUGUAAAACUUAUGUAAUUCUAAGUGAAAUGCAAUUCAUUUCAGUUAGUCAUAAGUUUAAGAACAGACGCACAAGUAAUGCGAGAAUACAACUUAAUAAUACUUGUUUUAUGUGAGUAUAUUUUAUUGUUAAUUCUAAUUCUAUAUGUAGUCCUGGCAUUUUAAUAUUAAAAGAGAUAGGUAAGAGGAGCAGUAACCAAUAAUAAAUAACCCAGUGUUGCUGGGUUACAAUAGUUUAAAUUCCUAUUUAAAAUUCGUCAAUUUAUAAUAAGCCUUAAGGUGUGAGGCAAUUUUUGAAAAGGCAGUCGCCUAUCAAAUUUCAGACUGUAAUUCCAACUGUUUAGAUAUAUUAUAUUAGUUCAAGAAAUACAUCAUAGUAAUAGCUAUUUCCCAUUCGAUAACCUUAAAAAUACUAAUGGAUUUCCAAAUUUCUUCUCAUAUCCACUUCUGCUACCUUCCAGUGUCCUUGGCGUUGUCAACCAGCGCCCACUACGUGAACAGCAGUCUUCCCAAACCAUGGCGGUAUCUCUAUUAUCCAAAGAAGACAGUCUUCAGAAAAGCUGACCUCAUUGACUUUGGAUGUGUUACUUUUGUCCACAAAUGUCCGUCAGUGUACAAACGUUUUGUAAUUUGCGCUCGGCAUUACGAUGGUCAUUAUCGAACAUUUAACAACUAUUGUGAAAUGGAAUAUGAGAACUGCAACAGUUGGAGACAAUGGGCCAUGAUCAAGCAAGUCAGAUGUUGACGGCGUUAAACAUAUUGCUAUUCUUUUUAUAAAGGCGUUUAUUAUAAAUUUUAUAA